GUAAAUUUUCUCUGGUCAACGAUUCGCAGGCGUGGGUAUUGGCACGGGAUAAGGGAGCCAUGUUGGUUUUCUUGUGUUGGACUUUAUUUGUGGAACGCAGGUGAUGGGAACCAUGGAUUUUUUUGAAAAUUUUGCACUGAUCAAAAUAAAUCACACCCACAAUAUGUUGAAGCCAUAUUCCUAGUUAACAACAGUUCACCAUUUCCUGAAACAAAUUGCCCGUCUACUCUACACAACUGUAUCUACUUGUAAUAGAACACUGCAAUAAGUAUACACCAUGGGGUCUACAGAACAAGAUCGUUCCCUCAACUCUGGCAUUUCUCUACCACAGUGGAUGAAAAGCAAGAUUGGAGAUAGGUAUGACCUUGAUGAAACCUUCUCACCACCUUCACAUGAUGACAGUUUUUUCUACAUACGAUAUCCAAAGACUGACACCACAACACAGCGACUGAAAAACACAAACUUCCACCAAGCCAGUGAACUGCUAGAGAAGUCAGAACAACUAUCAAAACAGGAUUUCUCACAGCAUACGUUUCAGUGCCGUCAAUUCAUCCCACAGGCUAAAAUGGAUUCUUCUACUCAUGCUGGAACGACAGCAUCUGUUGUAACUGCCUCCAGGAAAACAACCCAUCCUCUGAAACUUGCAGGAACAGAUGAUAAUUUUACGGGUGACAGUGCAGCUUGUGGGAAGUCUGUUGUACAGGUUGCACAUCAGAUGAUUGCAGGAGCAACGUUAGUACGAGGAUUUAGCGUAAAUGGUGAUGAAAAUGUGGCCACUGGGGAAGGCUUCAAUAAAGCUAUGCGUCGUGGAAGUAAGUCUCUACCAGUUAGUCCACUUGGCUCACCAUCACAUAGCCCCGACUCAUCCCCACAGACACGCAGGAGGGUACACAAUAGGUAUUUCACAGGCGCAUUCACCGUGGAAAGAGCUAACAUUCAUGCCGCUGGUGGACAAGAUUCUGCCAAUAAAUAUCCUGGCAGCUGGAUUUUAUCUGGUCUGUUAGGGCAACAGCAACGUGAUUGUUUGUCAGAUUCCAUGGAUUCUGUAACCAUACCGGAGGAGGAGCAUAAGAAGGAAAUAAAGAAACCCAGGCCACAGCACGAGAUAGUCUCAUCAUCAAUGGAGGUACGCCGCAAUAAGUCUAUGACCACUCUCGUGUCACGGAUGUUCAGCGAAGUUUCAAAGGGUGAUCAGUCUGUGGAAGUUGGGGUGGAUGUUUCUGCUGUUACUGGUGGUCGUGACUCACCUACGCAGAAUAAAGCAUUCCGUGCAAAACCAUCAGAGCUGAGGGAGAUGAAUUGUUGGUCACCCACUUCAAUGUAGAUGCUUAAUGAAUUGUUACAUAUUCCAUGUUGUACCUUAUGAUAUUUCUGAAUUUUCAGGCACAUUACAACUUAUUGUUGUGUAAUUUACCUAAAGUCUUUCUAAAUAUUUUUUGUGUGUGAAUUUGAUUUGACAUUUUGGGUACCUGUAAUCCAUAUGUUGUGUAGUUAUUGCUGUGUCAUUACACUUUCUUUUCUUUCUUUCUUUCUUUCUCUCUCUCUUUGUUUUAAAGCUUGUUCUUGGAAUGUAAUCAAACACUUCACUUUUCAACAUCUUGUCCUCUUCACUUUGUUACUGUAUUCAUCAUAACAGUUUCAUACUUUCAUUUUGUCCACAGUAUUAUCAUGUAAACCUUAAUGCCCAUGCUUUUAAUACAACUGCAGUUUUCUGAUUCAGAAUUAAUCAUUUUAGUGUUGGUAAAUUUCAUGUUCUUUCCUCACAUUCGUCUUCUAGAUUUGGGUUUUUAUGAAAUCUUCAUUGCAGAGAAAUAUUAUACUUAUACAAUUUCAGUUAUUAUAAUUUUCAUAUACUGUCCUAUUUUAUAGCCAUGCAAAGCUACCAGAAACUAGAGUAGCUUUUUGCACUCCAUGAAUAUAUCUUUUUGAUGUAGAAAGAAACAUCAUGAAUGUAAUCUGUAGGAAUUGUGUUUGUAGGAAAAUAGGUAUCAUAUGUAAUCACAUUUUAUUACCCUGUUCUUAAGAAUCUGCCAUUAUUAUGACCUUAUUACCUACAUGAGUGUGACAUUGAUACAAGUAUUUAACGGUUUAAUAUAAAUUUUUUGGCUUCAGCAUGUGAUCUACUUGACGUGCUUUGAGAUACUUUGAGCAUAGUUCAGAUUAACGUAUUUGUAAGGCAUAUUACCGAAGAUCAGGUGACAUCACUAAUUCAGUGUAAAAGUAAUAAUAUAAUAACAAUAUGACUUUCAAUGCUUCAUUAGUAUAUCUGUAAAAGCAUCUUUUUGUAAUAUUGUGGAGUUAAAUAUAACAUUUGGUUUACACCCAAAAAGUAUUACUAUAGUCUUAUAUUUUGGUUUAUAAUUUGUAACUAAUGAAAUUUACAUAUUGUAAUUUCUGGUACAGGUUACUUCUUCGAUUCAUCCUUGAUAGGGUACAAGUUAAACACACACAUCAAUUUUGAUCAGGCAUGAUUACACAUUAUAUUGUAGAUUUGUUCGGAUGGAUGUACGUAAUUGCUUUCUCAGUAUUCUUGUAUUAAAGUUUAGUAUGAUGAUAUAUUAAGUUAAUUUAGUUCACAUCUUGUUUUUUAUCCUUAUCCUGUCUUUGUAUUUCAGUGAUUUAACAUGGCUUCACUCUGAACAUAAAUUAUAUUUAUGACAUUUUCAAUCUCUUAUAUUGCAUAUAACUUCACUUUCUCUAGUACCAAUGCCUUCAUAACUAGAGAUUUGUUAACUAGUACUAAGAUAUAAGAUAGUCAUCUUACAAAUAUUUUGUUAUUCAGGAAUUUAAGGUACAUGCAGUUGAUAAUAGGACUGAUAGUAUUUAUUUUUAGUCAUUGAAAUUGUAAUAAAUUUUCCUUUUUUCCUGACUUCAUGCAGCAGUGUUUUAAUUAUAUACAGCUUACGUGGCUGUGGCAUUGUUUUUAAAUGAAGGUAUGUUUAGUAAAAGUAAGAAACUUGUAUUCAUAUUUGUACUUUUCCCUUUGUUUGUGUUCAUAAACUAAGACAUGACACUGCAGGUGAUGGAAUUUUUUGAAAAUCCAGAUAAUCAGAGAUUUACACAAAAUAAUUUAAGGUGUUUGAGAUUCCAAAUUUAUGAAGUGCUUGGUCUGUUGAGGACAGUGUUCUGCAAGAAAUGUAAAGUUUGUCACCCAAAUAUGAAUGCUUGUGAGAAAUUUAAAUUUGUAAUGAACAAAUAUAUAACAUGGCUUGCAA